AUGUCAAGUGCAAACAAUUCACCCAAGAUUCCAGAGGAUGAUGUCAAUGCUAACUCAACGGCCCCAACAAGCACUGGGGGUCCUUCUGCUCCUGAGGGUCAAUCUACCACAACAACUACAUCCAAGGAGGCUCUGAAUCCAUUUGAACAAGCGAUCAAGGUUUGGUCUGAUAUUGAUCUUAGCUCGUUGCAGAAGUCAUUAGAUGAUGAGGGCGAUCAAAUUCUAGUCAAUCAAACUACCUCCGUAAAAGGAAGAAAGGAACUGGCUUCUCGAACCAAAUCGUUUAGAAAGUUAUCAGAUGAAGAGAAGUUGGUUGAAAUAAAGUCUUUAUUGAAAUUAUACCAGACGGAGAUUGACAAUCUAACUAAUCGAGGUAAAUUCGCGGAGACGAGUUUUAUGAAUGUCUAUAAACUAUUGGCCGAAGCACCAGAUCCAAGACCACUAUUAGAAGCGUCAGUUGACUCUGUAAUUUCAGCUUCAGAAGUUAAUCGCUUGAUGACAGAAAAUGCUCGGCUAAACGAUUUGGUCAGCCGUCAUGCUGACUAUGAUUCGGUUAAAGCAAAGCUUUUGAAGGUAGAACAAUCAUCAAUUGAAACAGCUAGAGCAAAGGUGAAUGCGAAGGAAGCGGAAAUGAAUGCAUUAUUUGAUGAAAAAGAGCGCAAUUGGAAAUUGCGUGAGGAAGAACUCCAACGACAAAUUGAAGAUUUAAGCGCCAACAAAGAUGUUGCUGAGGCAAGACUUUCUGCUCACAACAGCUCUAUCGAUCCUUCUGAGGGUGCUAAGUCACGACUACUUGAAUUAGAGUUAGUUGCUGGCGACCUAGAAAGAGCGAACCGUAAGGUUGCUCAGGUCGAGAAACGAAAUCUCGAGCUAAGGACAGAACUAGAAGGACUCAAAUCAGAAACUAAAGCUAAUGAAGAAAAGGCAGUACUAGAAUCGAAAAUUUCAGAUCUAGAAGGCGAGAAUGCAAUUGUUCUUGCUAAGAUCCAAUCAUUAGACUCCAAGCUAGCUACUCAAACAGCUGCUAGCCAACAAAAGAUUGAAGUUUUAGAGAGAGAUGUAUCCAGAAAAUCGGAGGAAAUCACUACCUUGAAAAAUCGGUUGCAUAAACAACAGGACUAUGAAGAAAUAAAACGCGAAUUGGAUGUUCUGAAGUCGAUUGAAUUUGAUGUUGGCGAGGAUGAUGGUGAGCGGUCAGCACGAAGUAUUAGCACUCAGAAUGAGAACGCUCAAGAAACUAAGCUAGAAAAGAUGCUGCUAACUAGAAACAAAAAGCUAACAUCCGAUCUUACGAAUCUUCGAGUCACCAACCAUGAACUUAAUGAGGCCAAUCAAGCGGCUAAUCGACAAAUCAGUUCCUUGACUUCAGAACUAGAAGAAGCACGAAAUUUAAAUAAUAAACUGGAGGAAGACCUGCUAACACUCAAAAACUCCGGCACCUCUCCAGCUAUGUCGACUGUAUCGGGUUGGAAUAAUAGCUCUUGGGGCGGUAAAAAUAGUGUUAACGGUAGGGUCUCACCCACAUCAUCAAUUAUCGGAGGGCGUGAUGGUCGUGACUUAAGAGGCGGCCCCACUCCGACUACCUCUAGUUCUGACAGCUCUAUUCUGCCAAUUAUCACCCAACAGAGAGAUAGAUUCCGGCAGCGAAAUGCAGAGUUGGAAAGUGAGCUUCGUAAAAAUUGGGCGCUAAUCUCAUCACUUCAGAAAGAAGUUGAAACAGUUAAAAAAGAUAAUGUGGAGCUUUACGAACGAACUCGUUAUGCUUCAUCUUACAAGGCCCAAUCUAAGCGGGGAGGAUCGUCCGCCGAAGAUCGAUACAGGUCUGUAUAUGAAGAAGGUUUAACUCCAUUCCAGCAGUUUCGAGGGCGUGAAACUGAAAGAGCCCUCUCUAAAAUGGGUCCUCUAGAAAGGAUUGUCUACUCGUUCUUCAGAGGUGUCCUGUCAAACAGGUUGAGUCGAAACUUUUUCUUUCUUUACUGUCUAGGCCUCCACCUUUUAGUAAUGGUCAUUCUUAUGUAUGGUGCAACAUCAAGCCCUGUCCUAGAAGUCCCCUCUACGGUCCCUGGAACUGGAGCAGAGGAGAGCUUAGUAUCAGAAGCUGCUGUCCAACUGGCUGAGCACCCUUAG